UGGAUGGGAGCCUGUUGUGCUAGGUGCUGUACAAACACAGAGCAAAGAGACAGUGCUGUCCCCAAAGGAUAUUUGGGAUGCUGCUGUGGGAGCUGAGAGUGAGGCGUGAACAGGGCUGGCUCCAGGUACCAGAGCAGGAAGCAGGUGCUUGGAGUGGUUAACGGAGAGGGGGUGGCACGUCCAGCUCUUUGGCAGCAAUUUGGUGGCGGGUCCCUCAGUCCCUCUCGGAGGGACCUGCUGCUGAAGAAUGGAGUGGCGAGGUAGAGCUGCUGCUGCUUUUUUUUUUGUUUUGUUCCCUGCUGCUUGGGGCGGCAAAAACGCUGGACCCGGCCCUGGGUGUGAAUGCUGGCCCUAGGACUAAGACAUUGAUGUACCCCAGGCCUUGCACUUAAAACAAACGUGACCUUAUCUUUCUUAGUUUUUAGUACAAAGUCUGUGCAAUUUGUAGGUGAUCCUUGAUCUGACAAGAGGUUUGUAUGUAUGCAGAUAUGGAGCUGUAGUGUGUUAGAUAAGUCUUCCAAAAUUGUCAUGAUCAGUUGCUAAUCCAAGUACAAAAUCUACUUCUGAUUUUAGGGUUUUAUAUUGCCACCUCCUCAUCAUGAUAGCUGAGCACCUUCCAUGAACAUUUCAUAGCAGUAAUUAAGUCCUUGGUGGACUUCAUGAAGUCUCUCAGGAUUAAAACUCUGCUUGGGUGCCUUACAAUGUUUCUGUCUUGCAUUGCACUCGGGUAGGAGGACUGUGUUGUUUAUACACACAGAUUUUAAAUUUUAUGCAAGAAAGAUGGGACUCAUCCAAGAUUCCUGAGUAAUAAGAAUGGGUCCAGAUGUACCUCUCCUGAAUGAUUACAAACAGGAGUUCUUCUUGAAGCGCUUUCCACAGACUGUUUUGGGUGGUCCCCGAUUUAAAUUAGGCUACUGUGCGCCUCCUUACAUAUAUGUGAAUCAGAUCAUUCUUUUCCUGACACCAUGGGUUUUGGGAGGAGUAGGAACACUUUUGUAUCAGUUAGACAUUAUGAAAGACUAUUACACUGCUGCACUUUCAGGAGUACUGAUGCUUGUUACAGCACUUAUUCUCCAGAUGACAAAUCUGUAUGCAAGACAGAAAACAGUGACAGUAGAAAGAAUGCAAAUUCAGAAUACCCUAAGGGAUGAAGAUGAGUAUGAAUUUUCCAGCUGUGUGGGUUCAGAGACAGUUAAAUUUAUUAUUCCAGGCAAGAAAUAUAUAGUCAACAUUGUUUUUCAUUCCUUUCUUGCUGGGGUAAUGUGUGGGUUGGGAACUUGGUAUUUGCUGCCAAACAGAAUAACCUUGCUGUAUAGUAACAUUGGAGGAACUGUUGUGAUCUUUGUGUUUGGAUGGGUAACUAUUUGUAUAGGAGAAUAUUCUUUAAUCAUAAACACAGCUACAGAGACAGCUACUUUUCAGGCACUGGAUACUUAUGAAAUUACUGCUCUGAUGAGACCAUUCUAUAUUUUUGUCUUUAUUGCAAUGGAUCUUGCACACAGGUUUACUGUUAACAUAGCAGUUUUAGAACAGACAAACCAGAUUUUGCACAUCAUAUUUCUAUUUUUGCCAUUUUUAUGGGCAUUGGGGAUUCUGCCCCCACUUGAUGCACUUUUUCUGUGGGGAAUGGAACAAGUGUUGGAGUUUGGCCUAGGAGGUUCACCCAUGUCAAGUAAUACAAGGUUGUUAGUAAUGUUUCUCAUUUCCACUGGAACAGCUAUAGCGUCAUAUUUCAUUCCCAGCACUGUUGGUGUGGUCCUCUUCAUGACUGGAUUUGGGUUCAUACUCAGUCUUAACCUGAGUGAGAUUGGUCUAGCCUUCAAGCACACCAUGAGCAGCCAUUUAGCUUCCAACAAGUCUAAGUCCAGUGGCCCUAGGAUACACUCUGUGUGGAGGGAAUUCUUCUUCUAUUUGACUGUCUUGACAUUGGCUCUCAUAGAAGCCAGCUUGCUGCAUCACUUUGCUGGUUUUUCAGCAUUUUCCAAAGCCAGUCCCCAGGCUAUAGUGAGUUACAUUCUGAUCAUAUUACUUAUAGUUAUGUGGCUUCUUAGAGAGAUUCAGGGAGUGUACUUGUUUGGAAUCUUCCGAAACCCUUUUUAUCCAAAGGAUGUCAGGACUGUGACCAUGUUCAUGGAGACUCAAAGAAGGCUUAUGAAAGUUGGUGUUGUCAGAAGGAUUUUACUAACACUAGUGUCUCCAUUUGCUAUGAUAGCAUUUCUUUCAUUAGACAGUUCCCUACAAAGUCUCCAUUCUGUAUCUAUUUGCAUUGGAUUCACAAGAACCUUUAGAAUGGUUUGGCAAAAUACAGAGAAUGCCCUGUUGGAGAUGGUGAUUGUAUCGAUAGUGCAGAUGUUGCUAUUUAAUACAGAUGUGUGGUGGAACAGAAGCCUUGAUACAGGAAUCAGACUCUUACUGGCUGGUGUCAUUCGGAAUCGAUUACUUCAGUUGAUCUCAAAACUGCAUUUUGCUGCAGCUGUUCUCUUGACAUCAUGGACAGAGAAAAAGCAACGUCGGAAGUCUACUGCCACCUUAAUAACACUCAACAUUGUUUUCUUCCCAAUUGUAUUGGCCUUCAUCGCUGUCUCUGCACUACUUUCUUCCCCCAUGCUGCCGCUCUUCACUCUACCAAUAUUUUUAAUUGGGUUUCCUAGACCUAUCCGAAGCUGGCCUGGACCUGUGGGUGCAACAGCAUGUGUUUGUUCAGAUACCAUGUACUACCAGCAAGUGGUUCCGAGUCUGGCUGCUGCACUGCAGUCUGCACUAGCAUCUGGUAGUCUCGGUCUCUCUUCACCUGGAUCACACUACUUGUGCCGUUUUCAGGACAGACUGAUGUGGAUAUUAGUACUAGAAAGAGGCUUCACAUACUGCUGUGUUAAUAUUAAGGGGCUAGAAUUGCAGGAAACUUCCUGCCACACUGCAGAAGCACACAGAGUGGAUGAAGUUUUUGAAAUGGCCUUUGAACACCAAGAGCAUGCAGAGACUCUCUCUCUCAAUCAUCAUUUUGGAAACAUUUUAACCCCUUGUACCGCUCUACCUGUGAGACUGUAUUCUGAUGCCAGGAAUGUCUUGUCUGGAAUCAUUGAUUCACAUGAGAACUUAAAGCAACUGAAAGAUGAUUUCCUUAAAGUGCUUGUAUGGAUACUUGUCCAGUAUUGCUAUAAAAAAUCAAAAAUGUGCGAGAAGCUGGACAAAACAACCAAGAACAAAGAAGGGUCAUUUCCAUUAACCCAGCCCAAAGCAUUUGACAGUGCAGUAGAAAAACUCAGGACCAUAAAGGAUGAAGAUAGCUUUAGUGUAGAUACAAUUGCGGAUUGGACCGAUGAUAGUGAUCUUUUUGAUCUUGACCCUAGCAGAACAAGAGAGAGAAAAGAAACCGAGCCAUUGGAAGCUGCACCUAGAACACUUUUGUCUGUUCCAGGGUCAGUAGAAAUGGAGAGCGCAGUUGGUGCUCUGCAAGAGACAGCACCUGAAGAUAAACUCUACAAAGCUGUUGUGCUUGGACUCCCUGCUGUAGACAAAGGAAAGAAGCAGGAAGUUGUAAGCUUACCUUUAGCUGAAUUUAGCUGCUCUUACUCUGAGUUGCUAAGCAUACCUGAAGAGUGGAGAACUGCACCCAUACCUACUUCCAAACUCAAUGAGAAGAGGCAGAGGUUUCCAGAAGACUGGUACCAUUUUGUUUUGAGUCAACUGGAUUUUUUUCAUUUGAAAGAAAAACCUUCCAAUUUACUUGAAGACAUUACUAAAGACAAAGCUUUGAAAGAGUUGUAUGUCCAUGGUGUAUUGUCUUGUUGUUUUGGUUUGUUUGGACUAGACAAUACAGUUCCUGCUCCUAGUCAUGUAUUUAGAGCGUACACUGGUGGCAUUCCCUGGUGUGUUGGUUUGGAUUGGCUAACUGGAAAACCAGAGCUGUUCCAACUAGCACUGAAAGCAUUCAGAUAUACGUUUAAGCUCAUGGUUGACAAAGCAAGCCUGGGUCCAGUAGAGAACUUCAAAGAGCUGAUUAACUAUCUGGAAGAAUAUGAAAGUGACUGGUACAUUGGUUUAGUAUCAGAUAUUGAGUGGCAACAAGCAGUUUUACAGGAAAAGCCAUAUCUUUUUUCUUUGGGACAUGAUCCUAACAUGGGAGUUUACACCAGCAGAGUGCUUACCCUUCAGGAAUUGUUAGUGCAGGUUGGGAAGCUCAACGACGAAGCUGUGCGAGGUCAAUGGGCAAAUCUUUCAUGGGAGCUGCUGUAUGCUACUAAUGAUGAUGAUGAACGCUACAGUAUACAAGCUCACCCAGUCCUUCUGAGAAACCUUACUGUGCAAGCAGCAGACCCACCGCUUGGCUACCCUGUUUAUUCAUCUCUAUCUCUCCAUGUGCCUUUGUUGUAGGCUGUUGAAGUGUAAGGUGGUUUUUUUGUAUUUCCUAUCUGUAUAGGAAACCAAACACUAAUGCUGCAUUUGUACAACUAGAAAUAUGAAGAUCUCAUUGAGUGGCAUUGGACGGCAGUUGCCAAACCAAGGAAACCUAAUUUGCACAGAAAAGGUGCUAGCUGGAGGCAAGAACUUUAGAAUCUUGUUUUUUCACUGCUGGAACUACCUAAACCCCUUUCCCUGUGUGGCUGCCACACGUGUCUUGAUCUCCACUUCAGAGAAGAGAGACUUAGCUCUGGCCACUAACUGUUGUUGGUGCAUUUUUAUUUUUUUUUUUAUAUAGCUUGACAGGUGACUUGCAUUCGUAGGCAGGUUACAG